AUUAGCGUCGGAGUGCCUAUAAAGCCAGGCACUCAGCCGUCGGCGCUUCAGUUUAGAACUUCAACGCGAUCGUGCAACUUAAUUUCAAUAUGCUCAAGUAUUUAAUCGUUGCUCUGGCCCUGUGCGCUGUGGCCCAUGCCGAUGACUGGACCCCCAAAACCGGCGAGGAGAUCAAGGGCAUCCGCGUGGAGUGCCUGAAGGAGAACCCCCUGAGCAACGACCAGAUCGCCCAGCUGAAGCAACUGGUCUUCCCCGAUGAGCCUGAGGUGCGUCAGUACCUGACCUGCACGGCCACCAAGUUGGGCAUCUUCUGCUCCGAGAUGGGCUACCACGCCGACCGCCUGGCCAAGCAGUUCAAGAUGGAUCUCUCCGAGGAGGAGGCCCUGCAGAUCGCCCAGAGCUGCAUCGACGACAACUCGCAGAAGGAUCCCACUGACGUCUGGGCCUUCCGGGGACACAAGUGCAUGAUGGCCAGCAAGAUCGGCGACAAGGUCAAGGCCUUCGUGAGGGCCAAGGAGGAGGCCAAGAAGAAGGCCGCAGCUUAAGUUCGUUCAUUAUAUCCCAGAAAUAAAGUGUGUUCAUCUAUUGUGCUGGAAUGCAACCAUUCGAA